UAUUUCAGGACUCACGGAACCUCAUUGCGUAUGUAGGACAGUCGGUCUCGCUCGAAAUGAAGACGAAUCGUUUCUUGUCGACGAUCGAGAUUGGCCCUGAGGGCGUCUCGACGCCGUUCCGCCGGUAACAUUAGGUGCGGACAAUGAGAUUGGAAAAACAACAUCGCGUCGAGGCUAUCCCUCUAACGGUACACCAUGCCGCUUCUAUAAAACCCGCGUAUCAGCACCGUGGCGACGUUAUUCGGGACAGAGAGUCUCGCGGAACACCGUAUCCCCGUAGUGUCGAUGAAAUGAUCGUCUACCACCGCGCGUCAACCACCGUGUGCAUCUUGGCAUCGUUGUUGCUUUGCCUGACAUCAUGCACUCUCGGCGAAUACGAAUCGAGGGAGAUGUCGAACGGCGAGUCGAGCGAGUCGAGGUUGCCGGGGAACAACUUUGGCUCGUGCACCGACGGUAAAUGCAUGAAACGCACCACGCAGGAAAUCACGGGCGGCAUGUGGUUCGGCCCGCGUCUGGGAAGACGACGUAGAUCGGGCGAGAGGCCGGAACUGAGCCCCGAGAUCGAAGCGAGCGCUCUGGACGGGACACACUGGACUCUCGUCAAAAUCCCAGCUAACGACAAGAGGCAACCGACUCAAUUUACGCCGCGUCUGGGACGCGGCUCCAGCGAGGACCUCUUCUCCUAUGGAGACGCGAUGGACAGGAGCGAGGAGAACGAACGUCCGUUACCGCCGCUUUUCGCGCCGCGUCUAGGACGUCGGCUUCCUUGGGCACCGUCGCCGAGACUCGGCCGUCAAUUGCGCAACGCGCUGCGAAAGAUGUAGGCAUCGCCGCGACGACGCACGGCUGGACACCCCGACGAGAAACGGCGAAUUGAAAUUAUAGCGCAAUUAAGAUACAGAAAAAGACAAAAAAGAAAAGCGUCUAUUUUUCUUCCUAAAACUAGCCGCUACUCUCUUUUACCUGUCUCACCAGUUAUCGCGCGCGCGAUUCUGUGUAUUCAAACUCUUAAACGCGCACAAAGGUGACAAGUGUGUGGGAUAGUGCAUGCACGCGCGCCGCUAGUUUGUACAUGGAAAAUGAUUAACGCUAUUUUCGGCUUCGAGAAGGGUUGAGACAUCUCUCUCUCUCUCUCUCUCUCUCUUUCUCUCUCAAGAGGAAGCGAGAGAAAGAAGGGUAGGGUGCCGAACUACAGCUUGUAAUUUCUCGACCGGAACUACCGCGAGCCAUGUGGCAACAUGGAAGAUGGUCAUAAUCAUAAAACUCAAAAGCAGCAGAUACAUGUUAGUCUCCGACCCCUUUUGUACAACGGUAUAUCGUAUAUCGAGAAUCAUCCGUUUUCGACAAAGUAUUCAGAAUAUUAAUGAUUAUCGUUCCGAUAUGUUGUACCAAUUGUUUGCGGGUAAUGUAAAAUAUUUUCAGGUAAACAUUUUUUUCGGAAGCUUCAUCUAAUGCGAGACAGACUCGCAAUUUCUUUGGGCAAAUAUUUUUAAUAAAGAGAUGGAAAUACACCCGUUUCGACAUUUUUGUGCCCUUCAUUUGCCACUGCAAACAGGCGUUAUACGAUUAUAUAAUAUCAGUUAUUACCACUUAUUUACUGAAAUAAUUUCGUUGAAAAUAUUCAACGAAAGAGUUGAUAAUUUAUAGAGAAGUAAAAUGAAUAGCAAUGAGAAUCUCUAGAAUAAAACUACGAGAGAUCGACGUAAGAGGUAAAUUACUUUAUAAUCUUUUCUCAAAUAAUAUUCUCAAUGUAAAUUAAUUCAUGGAAUGGAAUUAUAAUUUAUGGGAGGGGCGGGCACAUCUGUUUAUGUGGCAGUGAUAUUCAGAGAAGGAACUUUGACGCGAUCACACGUAUACAAAACGAUAU